UUUAAAUGACUGAUCAAUAGUUAUAACACUACGUUAUUAACCAGUCAAGUGUCGAACUUUUUUCACAAGAUGGGAGGAGCAGUAAGUGCCGGGGAAGACAAUGAUAACCUUGUUGAAAAUCUUGUCACUGCAAAAUACAUCAGAACAUCGAGGUUGGUUGAAAUAUUUCGAGCAGUCGACAGAGGACAUUAUUAUUUGAAAGGACAAAGGAAUUCAGCAUAUCAUGACAUAGCAUGGAAGUUUAACCAUCUUCAUCUAUCAGCACCCUGUAUAUAUUCCGAAGUCAUGGAGCACUUAGAUCUACAACCAGGGAUGUCAUUUCUAAACCUUGGAAGCGGGACUGGAUACUUGAGUACAAUGGCUGGAUUAUUAUUAGGUGCCAACGGUAUCAAUCAUGGCAUAGAAUACCAUGAAGAUGUUGUUGAAUACAGCAGAGAACGACUGAAAGACUUCAUGCUAAAAUCACCUGCUUUUGACAGGUUUGACUUCUGUGAACCGAAAUUCUCUGUCGGAAAUUGCUUGCUUUUGCCUCCAGACACUCCUGGAUAUGACAGAGUAUACUGCGGUGCUGCUUGUCCACCAGAAUAUGCAAAUUACUUGAUGAAUUUAUUGAAUAUUGGAGGAAAACUAGUCUUGCCAUUAGAAGACCAGCUGCAAGUCAAAACAAGGAUUAACGAGCAGGAAUGGGAUUCGAAAUGUGCUUUGGCCGUUUCGUUCGCUCAUCUCAUCGAACCAAACAAUUCUAAUAAUAAUUUGAAAAUAACUGAACCACCAGAUCGAAAUGUUCUUUCACUCCAAGAACUUUGCAGAUUUUGCAUUCGCCAAGUCAUACGGAAUAAGUAUAAAGUUCCAAUGCCGCCGAAAAAGAAACGAGAAAAAAGAGAAAGACAUCAUUCCAUUGGAAUCGAAGAACAUAUUGUUGCUAGGCGACACCAAGCUCGUCGAGUAAGAAGACGACGUUUAAAUACAACAGGAGAGAGUGGCACUAGGCGGCGCCGAAGAGUGAAUACAUCAGGAGAUAGCGAUCAUGCUGACUCAUCGUCAGAAGAAAAUGAUGACUCAUCAGAUGAUGAAAUAGAUGAUGAUGUUUGUCAACACAUGGAAGAAUCUGGCGACCCUGAUAUAUUGGACAAAAUAUGUAGACCGGAAUCAACAACAGAACUAGCAGAUGACACAAAUGAUAUCACAUUGAGUGACCCGGAAAAUGAUAAAGAAGGUUCAUCAAAAUCAAACGAUACACAAGACAAGAAGCAAGAGAACAAAAAUAAAGAUGGAGAAGGAAGCUCUAAAGGCUCUUCAGCCCGUCAAAUGAAACGGUAUCGAUUCAGAUUGCUACGUUCAAGGUCUAAUAACAACACAAAUGAUGAGAAAAGUCGAGGGGAUGCCCCAAGUGGGAGUAAAACGGAGACAACUGAAGAAAACGCAGAGACACAACGAGAGACGGAAGAAGCAGUUGGUCAAGAUCAGUCAUCAGAACGACGUGUUGUUCGACCUUUACGUCCAAGCAGGUUCGCUUACGCUUUGAUGAGAGGUUUACGGCGAAUCAGAGAACAAAAUUCUGAUGAACGGGCAGAAAGUACGGCUAGAACUUUGAAUGAAAUGCUGAACGAUCCUGAUUCCCCAGUUCAUCGUCGACGAGUUGACAAUGACCAAGACGAUGAGUUGAAAUCAGAUUCGGACACAGAUUCUGAUGAGUUUUACAAACCCCUCGCGGAAACACCUUUUACAAUAGCGAUACGAAAACUCCCCCUCCCUACGAAACUAAUAAGUUUUCUGCUGUACCAUCGACAAUGAGCACUGGGUGGUGUUAUAAGAAGGACAAUGUAGAUGUAACAGAUCAAAAAUGCAUGAUGGCCAGGAACAGUGGCUGGCAAGCUUUUGAUAUCUGCGGACCCUUUCAAAGGGCUCUCAACACUUAUGGCCCCCUCAUCUCUUAUGAAAAAAAUGAAAACAACAAACCAAGAAGUUUCCUGCGAUACCAGAGUAAAGAUUCUAUGAGGCAAAAAGCUUCAAUGUCAAAGGUCACCAUCUUUUUCAGACGUACACAUCCCAUGCCUUUCCAGUGCCAAGGUCAUUUAACUGUGGACUGACUGAUAAUUAUUUUAUUGCUUGUCUGAAAAUUUUCAUAUACAAAGUUUUUUUUCAUUUUUCUUCUUUGUAUACUGGGUUUGUUCUUUGCAUCUUAAAUUGAAUAGCUAGUGUGCAUUCUGAACCUGCAAAUCAAUUCUCGAAUCAUGUUAUUUUUUCCUAUUUUUGAGAACAGGCGAUUACUUAUAUGUACAUGAUAUACUCUCACCCACAUCUGUAAUUCUGUUUCUAUGCUUUGCUUGUUAAACUCAAUCACUAGAGCAUGCAUUCUGAACUGACAAAUACUUCGAGUUAUUUUUUCCGAGUUUUGAGAUCUUGGACAUGAUUUGUACUGCAGUAUAGCCUGCUAAAUUUAUGACAACCUGGGUGAAAUGGUUAUUAUUUCAUAACUUGCCUGAAAAUUAUAUACAAACUGUCAGCUUUUAGUAGUUUUUUGGCGUUCCAUAAGUAUGUGUACCAAUAUGGAGGUAACUAAUUUUGUUUGCCUACUUUACAUCAAGUUGUGUAAAGGGACUGAAACCUAUGGGCAGGGGAAAUAUUUCAUCGACUAACAUAGACAGUCCCCGAACUCAUUAUAAAACUAAAAUAAGGAAAAUCUGAAAAUAAUUAUGCCCUAACCUGGUACACAUACUACGGGAGUACCCUUUUUUAUUGCUCUUUUUGUAUAGGCAAUCACGUAGAUAUACAGGGCCUUAGGGCUUUUUUUUCUAUCAACCCAAUGAAUUUCUUAUACCCUCAUGUAUCUGUAAGACUUCGUCUGUGCUUUACAUUUUAAAAUAGCAGUGUGCAGUGCUUUUCAGUUUGUGACCCACUUUUAUUGCCAUUUUUUCUGUGUGACUCGCAAAAACAUGUUAAUAUUUGUGAGAAGAAACAAUGUCUCCCCAGGCAAUUUACUAUUGAUGCGAUAUUGCAUACAUUCAGAUCGAUUUGCCCUAUUACUAUUUUUUUCCACAUUUUCGAAAGGAAUCUAAUUGGGGAGUUUAGCUUACCCAAUUUAUGCCACCCAGGUUACUGUGUAUUAAAACGUCUCGAUCCUCAAUACUCUAUCUGGCUUUAUCAUCUUUGAGACGUUACCCCUGAUCAUGUUAUUAUGUGCUCGUAACGAUACAUAGAUUUCCAGUCAAUCGGGGUGUGGCCGUGGAAGAGUUGGUAGAGCAGUGGUUCCCAAACUAGUGUCUGCGCCCCUUUUAGGGUCCGCAAAACAAAUCUGUAAUAUGGCUAUUAGCUUGAUGAUACAAAAAUUAAGUGCUUAAAUUUGCAAAUACACUUUUGUCGCUUUUUGCUGCUUCGCAAUCAUGCUGGAGACACUGAUUCUUCACUUUCUGUUUCGAUCACACUGCCCCAUUGUGAUGUCACAGAGCUGUUGGCUUGAGAUAUCACAGAGAGAGUUCAAUUCAUGCCACCACAAGUUUACUAACUGCAGAACUGUAGCUGACGCUGCCCUUUUACCAAAUAUCGAAACAGACCGGAUGUCGCACAUGUCAUUAAGUUGCGCUUUGAAUUCUUUUAUUCGUUUCACUAUACAGCGCAUUAAUUUUCUGUUGUGAUCUUUUAUCGUUUUGUUUCAGUGCAUGAGGCCGGGAAUCAUUAAAAAAAUUGCAAGGGGUUCGUCAUAGAAUCUUUUUCAAAAAGUUUUAGAACCACUGGGGUAGAGGGACAUCCAAUAAUGAUGUUACAAUCUUCAUAACCUAUAAAUUUGUAAAGUGGGGUGCGCACUCACAUGACAAAUAUUGAUUGCUUGAACCUGAUUCAGAUUGGGGGGUUCAACUUACCCAAUUUAUGCCACCCAGGUUAAUGUGUUGAAAGUUCAUUCAAAUGAUAUUUGCAACCAUAUAUCCAUAUCUCGACGAAGGAGGCGAUUCAAAAUAGAAAUGGGAUUAUAUUGCUUAUGAAAAUAAGCCUGCUCAAUAUUUUCCACAUAUUUGCCAACAAUUUACUCUUGUAGGUUAUUGUUUAGUGCAUUUUUCUUAUAGAGCUUUUGGUUUUGAUCACACUUUUCGACAAGAUUCAAAAAUCGUGCCAUGCUAUUUCAUUUAUUACUUUUCAUCAGUAUUUACUGUGGCUCCACAUUUUUUAUUCAAUUUUACUCUCGUAAGGGCUUACUAGCCUUUAGCCUUAAAGUGCAAAUUUCACUGAUGGAGGUGUGUUAGGCGAGAAAGUUGGUCCCCAAUGGCCAAUCUACGUUAUCAACUUUGUUCCAGCCUGCUCAGUUCUCUUUGCAGAUCAACCACGCUGCUUUCAAUAAUGUACUACUAUUGUAAAUAUCACUGUUCUUUCAAAUACUAUUUGCCUGUAGAUACUUCUAUAUUAAAAUGUGGAGUGUGA